GGGGGACUUUGACAUUUUGGGAUGAUUUUCUUCUCCUUAAUAACUCUUUCUUCUUUUGAGUUUUUGCAAUUUGUUGGCUUAAACUAACUUCCUUAUUUUCGUAUGUAUUCUUACUUCUCUUGGACGCUUCAAUAUUAUCGGAAUCUUGGUCUCUUUUUAAUGCUACAGGAUUAGAAUCCAUUAAUGGGGCAUUUUGUGAUUCGAUAAUGGGAUCUGUUUUAUUAAUUGACUCAACUAUUGAAGUUGAGGGUAAAGAUUGGUUUGCCGUCACUCUUUUCUUUUGUUUCUUUUUAACAGGAAUUUUAGACUUUUUGAUUUUUUUAACGGUCUUCAUCCUUUUUGUACCAUUUCCAUUUGUUUUCUCUUUCCUUUUUACAAGUUGCCGUGGAGUCGGUGGCGUUUCUUUUAGAACGUUUAUAUUUUUAGCUAGGGAAGGUAAAGACGGGUGGUACGAGGAUUCAGAGAGAGGUGGUACAAAAUUAUAGGCUCUAUUUGGAGGUUCUCUAGGGUAAGCUGAGAAUGAGACAUCAUCACU